AUGUUUGCUCUGCCGAGCCCUAAAACAUUACAAAAUGUUUUAAGCAGUGUGUCGAUAACUACUGGAGUCAGUCCAAUAGUUAUGAAAGUGCUUAAAGAAAAAUCUGAAAAGUUGAAACCACUUGAAAGAUGUUGUUCAUUGAUGUUUGAUGAAGUGUGUCUAAGCAGUGGUUUACAUUACAACAAAGCGACAGAUCAAAUUGAUGGGUUUGUUGACAGUGCAUCUAACAGAAAUCAAGAGUAUGCUGAUCAUGCACUGGUGUUUAUGAUCCGUGGCAUAAAAAAAAAAUUCAAGCAACCAGUAGCAUAUACUUUUUGUCAAGGUGCUACAAAACAUGAAAAAUUGGCAUGUUUAUUGAAAGAAGUUGUAAGAGAAGUCCACAAGACCGGCUUACAAAUAGUAGCGACAAUUUCUGACCAAGGACGUUCUAAUGAAAGUGCUAUAAAACUUCUAAUUAAUGAGACAAAAGGAUUUUUUAUCAAGCGCAAUGAAAAAUAUACAGAUGAUAUUUAUGAAAUACAAGUGGAUGAACAAAAAACUAUCCAGAUUGUUCAUAUUUUUGAUGUCCCACAUUUGAUAAAAUGCAUCAGAAAUAACCUUUUAACAAAAGAUUUAAUUUUUUCAAUGAAUGGGGAGAAAGGUUGUGCAAAGUGGUCCCACAUACAAGAUCUGUACAAUAUUGACAGUGCAAUACCGGAUUGUAAAAUGUGUAACGUGCCAACUACUUCAACUCAAUAUUGA